GGCGGCUACUUCCAACCUGCAACCUACCCCUACGGCCCCAUCUUAAACGGCUCCUGUACCUGGUACACCGGCUGCUCCUCCCAAAACGGUUGCGGUAAACAACCUCUCUCGGGCUACACCGCCGCUUUGUCGUCCUUCCUGUUUGGUAGCGCGCAGGGCGCGGGGAGUGCUUGUGGACGGUGUUUUCAGUUGCAGGGGUAUGAGGAUCCUUACCAGCCGGGUGUAGAGUUGGGGACGCCUGCGGUGAUUGUGAAGGUUACGGAUAAGUGUCCUGCAGGGUCUUCGGAUCCGCUGUGUUCGCAGACACCGGAGGAACCAUUGAACCAAUAUGGGGCACUCGCAAACUUUGAUCUUUGUCGUGAUACAGGCGCUUAUGAGGCUUUCUUCACACCUGCGCACGAUAUGGUACUUUGUUCCUGGUUCGAGGUCGAUUGUUCUCUUUGGGAGGGUGUGAGUGGUGGA